AUGCCAAUCAUGAAGGCUAGGUUAUGGAACACUUUGGAGCAAGCUUUGCCAUGGGCAACGCGAGGAAAUCGGCCCAUCCUGGCGCGUUUUGAGGGCAUCUCGCACUUUUCCACUACAUCCACUCUACGUGCACCCCCGACCUCGAGAGAUGCUGCUCGUCAAAUGGAGAACGACGUCCUGAAACCAAGCAGUUCGACCACCUCCGAGUCGACAUCCAAUGGCGGGAAAGGCGUUAUGGGUGUUCGAGAAAUCCUUGGUGUCAUGGACGGCUCUCAGAGGUCAGAACAGGGCAAGGCAGGUUAUAUGGAAGGGUUGCGACAGAGACAGGAAAAUCUCUAUACUCCGUACGGCAACCGUAAUCCUCCUCACAACCUUCACGUUUACUCUCAUAAGCACAAUACCCUCAUGACUCUCACACGACCGAAUGGCAACCCCAUCCUGUCGGUCGGCUGUGGCACUAUGGGAUUUCGCAAGUCCCAACGAGGAGGUUACGACCCAGCGUUUCAACUAUCAUCGCAUGUCUUCGCACAGAUCCAAGAAAAGGGCCUCCUCCGCGAUAUCACAGCCCUCACAGUUGUUUUCCGUGGCUUUGGGUUUGGCCGCGAAGCUUUCACCAAAGUACUGUUAGGCAACGAAGGCCGUCAUAUCCGACCGCUAGUUACGCGUGUCACAGACGCAACCAGGAUCAAGUUUGGUGGUACGAGAAGCAGAGCUGUACGCAGACUCGAUAACCAUGUUCUCCUAGUUCCCACGACCGAAUCGUUACUGGGAUCCAAAGACCGAGAAUCCGAUGCCUACUACGCUGACCUCGUCUCUUCCGAGGAGUUCCUUGGGAGUCAUGUCCUGCGAAUACCUAGUUCGAGCGGCCCCUUAAACAAGAAGGACCAUACCAACGUUCGCGAUACACGAUCCAAAGCCAAGCAAGUUACAACUGUUAAUGGUCGUACUGUGAUUGUCAAGGAAAAUUUAAUUUACAGCAACAAGGGCUUUAGAUCGCUUAACCAAGCCCAGCUUCUAACGGACGUCCUCUACUUUACCCCAACAAACGAGACCCAGACAUGGCUCAUAUAUUAUAUUUCCAAACCGUUGGUUGGCAUGUUCGAAUUGGGAAAAUUGGUUCCGGCGAUACCUCCAGGGACGACUCCUUUGCCAGAAUCUCCACCAGUAGCCAGCCAAAGCUCGCAGGACGCAUCAACCCAUCGCAAGCGCGACAUAAAGACUUUUGAAGAACUCUUAUCUCAAUUUCCCAUGAUUGCGCGGCAAAUGCAGCCAGGGCUCGAUAGACUGUUUCGCGAGUUUGGCAAAGAGCUUGGAAAGCCCUUGCCCCCGCCUCCUUCACAAUCAUCACCAUCUCCCAUCAGGGAAGACAACUUGCAGCUUGGACAUGACUUGCUACGUGGAGAGCGACUUCCUUUCAAUUCCGACGAAUUCUUCGAAGAUGACGAAGACCUCAUGCGCCGCAGCUUAGAGACCGCGGUCACGGCGGCCAUUGAUCUCUUCCGCCUAGUGGACAAACAACAGCUUUCAUUCCUAGGCGCUUCUACUGAUUUGACCGGACCUUUGGUGGAACGACUCAUUGAGCGAUAUAUUGCCCAGCAGGGCCACGAAGGAUUGUUAUUUCCUCGAUUAUGCAGCUUUCGUCGACCUGAAGACACAGAGCUUGAAAGUAGGAUUCGACAGAUGGAAAACAUUGACGUUUCUCAAGUUGGCAUGACUAUCGAGGGGGGUUUUCUCGGUAAACAGGAACUGAUCAGUCGUCUUGGCAUGGGUGUUGAAGAGUUUCGAAAAAUGAACAAUACAACAUGUCCACAAGACAUGCUAGAUGUUUUACUGUCAACCAUCAAAACAGUGACGGGGUCGGGUUCUUCAGACCAGGGACCAGAUGCCGCCUCAGAGAAGACUUGGAUGUCGACCUUGACGGUGAACGCAGACAUGCUUGUGUCUCUACUUCUCGUUGUAGUAAUCAGAUCCCAAGUACAUCACCUCCAAGCAAGGCUUCUCUACAUGCAACACUUUAUCUUUGUGGACGAUGUGGAGAGCGGCGAAAUGGGCUACGCCCUGAGUACCUUUGAAGCAGUGCUUACCUAUCUAGUGAGCGAAUCGGCUCCGCUUCGCAAAGCUAGCGCGCGCAAUAAACGCCUGUGGCAGGCGACCAAGACCGGAAAUAUCAAAGAUAUGAGAUCUAUUUUGGAACCCGACGGGGAUUACGAAGAAAGCAUAGACGACACGAGCUCCAAUUUGGAGUCGGCAUUGCAGAUGGACAACCAAGAAGAAAUCAAACCUGGACAACAAUACAUUCGGUUUACGUCCCCCAAUGGAGACUCCACGGAACCACAAGCGGAACUAAGCGUAUCAGGCCUUUCUUUAGAUCCGCCUCCGCUAGCUCAUGUGUUUCCAUUUCAGACAUGGACAAAUGGAUCUGGUUUUGAAGAUGUGCCGCGACCCCGGAAAAGGGUGUCGAUGGACGUCAGCAGCAUAUCGGGAUCUUCCGCUGUAUCGUUGCUCUCCAGAACAACCACUAUCGCGUCAACAUUUAGUGGUCUUGAGGGCGAUACUUCCAUAGAGACACUAAGUCGAACUCAGGACCCUGCUGGGGACUCGGUACCAAUGAUGGCAGUAGAAGGCCGACAGCCUAAAGCUUUGAGAUAUCUUCUUGACCUGCAAGAGUACUAUCCCUUGCAAGUAAUCCUUGAAGAUACUAACCGAGAUGGCACCACUUUAUUAAGUGCAGCCGUCCAGCAUGCCCACGCAAAGGCGGUCGAUAUCAUCAUCGACUUCCUCUUCUCAGAGACAGAUCAGCGUACAAUCACGGCCUACUUGGCAAAAGCAGAUAUUCGCGGACGGACCGUUGCACACUACUUGUUCAGCACCCCUUACUUAAUGUCUAGGCUAGGCAAUCUCUUGCCCUGGAGAAAGAAAGACAAACAUGGCCAAACUCCGCUAUUCGCAAUCUGCAGGUCCUAUGAUCACCCUAACUACCAAACUAUGGUGAAUGAAGCCCUGACAGCCGCCCAAAAAGCACAAGCAGAUGGGAAACCUUUACGGCUAGAGGAUCACGUUGAUUUGAAAGGCAACACGCUUCUGCAUAUUGUCAGCGACCCUUUGAUCACCGUACGAAUUCUCCAGGAUAGCGACUGUGAUCCAAACGCAACGAACGACAAGAGAUUUACUCCACUGAUGAUGGCAAGUAAGUAUGGUCGCGUAGACCAAAUGCGCAAGCUGCUUGGAGAUCCAAGAGUGGACAUCCAUAUCAAGGAGAGCCGUGGCCUGACAGCUGUUGAAUUGGCAAAGGAUGAUGAGGUCCGAAACAAAAUCGAUGAUUUGGUAUUGUUCUUGAAUCCACCAUCGAGCCCAGAAGACACAGCAAGUCGGAUCACAACCGUUGUUCGUUCAUAUUUCGUGGAAGAUGCGACGGUACGGUUCAUUCUGAAGUCGGGCGCUCAGGUGCUUUCGGAUGAUGCUAGCAAUGGGACAUCGCCUCGCCCGCCUCCCAACACUUAUGCUGUCACGACGUGCCGUCGCUCAUUCGCCGACUUUGAGAAUCUGAGCCAAUGUCUGGCAGUGGAACAUCCGGCGUCCUAUAUUCCGGCCAUAUCUGAGGCUCGCAAUCCAUUCCAGGUCCAUUCCAAACCAUCUCGCGCUGUUCUUCAUGAUACGCAAGAACGACUUGAUCAGUUCUUGAAAAUCUUGUUGACGCAUCCAACUUUUGCAACUCAUGAGAUGCUCUGGGAGUUUUUCCUUGUGCCUGAAUUGCAGCCUGACAUGAUGGUUGAUCGAUCUCAGCGAAAAGCGUCGGUGUUAUACGAGUCCAUUUACGACGACUAUGAGCCAAUCAGCCCCGAGGGCGUUCGAGAUACAGAACAAUUUGUGUCGCAUGCCCAGGAUAUCGUCCGUGCUGCUCACGCCAAUACUCGCAGUGUCAUCCGACGAGGCCACGCAUUGCAACAUGCAGCAUCUGAUUUUGGCGAUGCUGCAAUACUCUGUGCAUCUGCCUUGUCGACACUAAAACCCCCCACUAAUUCCUUACCGGUCUCGUAUAUUGAUGCUUUUACUCGAUAUACGGUCGCCGUGGCUACAUCAUCUUCAGACUCUUCUCCUCUUCUACAAUUCCUCACAACGAUGACAUCGAUACAAAGCACGACAACGGCAAUUUCAGAUGCACUGUCUCGCCCGGGACGACUGAUCAAUGCGCUUGCCUCGACCAAGCGUAACCUAUCGCGGUCACGGUCAUCACUUGUCUCCUCAUCCCUACCUCGGAAAUUCAACCUUAGCCUACCCGUGUUAGAAGAAUCACGACAGAAAAACAUACGAGACCUAGAGCAAAAGAUUAACGAGUCAGAAGCGCAGGCAUCGCGGCUGUCUCGAGAAAUAUCCUGGAAUAAAGACGUCGUUGUCGGGGAACUUGCUGGAUGGACAUCGUGGCGUGAAAAGGUUGGACGAGACGCCAUUCGCGCUUUCGUCAGGGCAACUGUCGUUCAAGAGAGGGAACGUGGACGACGACUAGAACGGUGCCUCCGGAGUAUCAAAGAAGUUGACCUACCACUAGAUAGGUGA